CCACUAUCUUACAGCACAGUCCCAGAAGACUGGUGUUGCCUAAGUUGAGAACCAUGAAGUGGUUGAUUCUUGCGCUGGUUUGUCUUCAGCUCUCAGAGGGUUUGGUCAGAGUCCCUCUGAAGAAAUUCAAAUCCAUACGGGAAACAAUGAAGGAGAAAGGAGUACUGAAAGAGUUUAUGAAAACACACAAGAGGGAUCCUGCCAUGAAAUACAGCUUCAACCACAAGAAUGAUUUUGCAGUGGUCUAUGAGCCUAUGAACAUGGAUGCCUGCUAUUAUGGACAAAUUAGUGUUGGAACACCUCCCCAGAACUUCAUGGUUCUUUUUGACACUGGAUCCUCCAAUCUUUGGGUUGCUUCAACUUACUGCCAGAGUCAAGCUUGUCAGAACCAUCCAUUGUUUGACCCAAGCCAGUCCUCCACAUACACGUCCAACAAUCAGCAGUUUUCUAUGCAGUAUGGCAGUGGAAGUCUCACUGGUGUCUUUGGCUAUGACACUGUGACAGUUCAAGGUCUCACCAUCACAAACCAAGAGCUUGGCCUUAGUGUCAAUGAACCUGGAACCAACUUUGUUUAUUCUGCCUUUGAAGGUAUUUUUGGAAUGGCUUAUCCUGCCCUUUCUGCAGGGGGUGCCACCACUGCAAUGCAGGGAAUGUUGCAACAAAAUCUCCUCACAAACCCUAUUUUCAGUGUCUACAUGGAUAGUCAAUCAGGAGCAGUCAUUUUUGGUGGUGUAGACAACCAGCUGUAUUCUGGACAGAUAUACUGGGCACCUGUCACUCAAGAGCUGUACUGGCAGAUUGGGAUUGAUGCGUUUUCCAUCAAUGGACAGGCAACCGGUUGGUGUAGCCAGGGAUGUCAAGCCAUGGUGGAUACAGGAACCUCCCUCCUCACUAUUCCCCAACAAUUUUUAGGAACCUUCCUGCAAAAUGUUGGAGCCCAAGAAAGCCAAAAUGGAGAGUAUAUAGUGAGCUGUAACAGUGUACAGAGCCUUCCUACCAUCAGCUUUACCAUCAAUGGAGUUCAGUUCCCAUUGCCUCCAUCUGCUUAUAUUCUGCAGAACAAUGGAUAUUGUACAGUUGGAGUUGAAGUGACUUACUUGCCAUCCCAAAAUGGUCAACCUUUCUGGAUUCUGGGUGAUGUCUUCCUGCGGCAAUACUAUUCAGUCUAUGAUAUGGGCAACAAUAGGAUGGGUUUUGCUCAGUCAGCAUAGACUAACAAGUUCCAUCAGUAAUGCAAAGCAUAAAUGAACACCAAUAAAGUUACAUUGUUUGUCAGGUUUAAAAAAUGCACACGUCCAUGUAGUUCAAUACGAAAAAUUAAACAAUUAGAAAACCAUCAUGAACACAAUACGAUACGCACAGUUGAUCCAGAGAAGAAAAAAAAAAACACUAGAAAGCAAUUUGCUCCAGCGGGGGCAAAUAUCCUUCUUGAUUUGAUCCCCCAAGAGGCAAUUGGAUAUUCUUUAUCAGUCAAGUUAUGGUAGCAAAUACAAAUACAUACUUCCCCCAUCCUGGCGAAAAGAGCAAAAACAUCCAGUGAUGUUAGGUACUAACCAAGAUUCAUACCAAACUGACAAGGUGGUUUUAGAGGAUUUUCUAAAUUAUGUCUUUUAAAAAAACAAAAUAUUAUUUGGCAUACAUAAGUCCUAUUAAAUCACUCAACAGCAUGUUACUGAAACAUAAAUAUAAUAUACAUAUCUUACAUUAUACAUGUCAUACCAUAGCAAUGUUGUGCAUGAAAAGCUAGAAAGACAGAAGAAAUGCUUUAUGUGCCAAAAUGGAUUGUUGAAAUAAACCUGCAUAAAACUA